CAUCCGUGGAGAAUAGGAUCAAUAGACUUCAUUAUCGAUAGAGAAUAGGCUCGGCCUGAUUCCGUGAUCUACAGCCUCCAGAAUCGAAAGAAAAUGGCAUUUCGUAAAAAUCGCCCGAAACUGUGAUGGUACCCCUUUGGAAUCUGCCAAAAAAGGACCCAGAAUAAAUUAGCCCAAAUCGUCACUUAAUGAACAUAAUCAUCGUUUAAGAAUAGCUUCAGGCUGAAUCCGUGAUCUGUAGCCUUCAAAAUCCAUGGAAAACUGCCUUUCUUCGCCCAAAAAAAUACGAAAAUACCAUCCAAAAAUAAAUUGGCCCAAAUCGGUGCUUAAUGGACUUAUCAUCCGUGGAGAAUAGGAUUAAUAGACUUCAUUAUCGAUGGAGACUAGGCUCGGCCUGAUUCCGUGAUCUAAAGCCUCCAGAAUCGAAAGAAAAUGGCAUUUCGGAAAAAUCGCCCGAAAUCUGUGAUGGUACCCCUUUGGAAUCUGCCAAAAAUAGACCCGGAAUAAAUUCAAAUAAAUCCGCACUUAAUGGACUUAAUCAUCGUUGAAGAAUAGCCUCAGGCUGAAUCCGUGAUAUGUAGCCUUCAAAAUACAUUGAAAAUUGCCUUUCUUCGCCCAAAAAAUUAUGAAAAUACCAUCCGAAAAUAAAUUGGCCCAAAUUGGUGCUUAAUGGACUUAUUAUUCGUGCAGAAUAGGAUCAAUAGACUUCAUUAUUGAUGGAGAAUAGGCUAGGCUGUAUUCCGUGAUCUACAGCCUCCAGAAUCUAAAGAAAAUGGCAUUUCGGAAAAAUCGCCAGAAAUCUGUGAUGGUACCCCUUUGGAAUCUGCCAAAAAUGAACCCGGAGUAAAUUUGGCCAAACCGGCACUUAAUGGACUUAAUCAUCGUUGAAGAAUAGCCUCAGGCUGAAUCCGUGAUCUGUAGCCUUCAAAAUCCAUGGAAAAUUGCCUUUCUUCGCCCAAAAAAUUACGAAAAUAUCAUCCGAAAAAAAUUGGCCCAAAUCGGUGCUGAUUGGACUUAUCAUCCGUGGAGAAUAGGAUCAAUAGACUUUAUUAUCGAUGGAGAAUAGGAUCGUCCUGAUUCCGUGAUCUCCAGCCUCCAGAAUCGAAAGAAAAUGGCAUUUCGGAAAAAUCCCCCGAAAUCUGUGAUGGUACCCCUUUGGAAUCUGUCAAAAAUGAACCCGGAAUAAAUUCGCCCAAAUCGGCACUUAAGGGACUUAAUCAUCAUUGAAGAAUAGCCUCAGGCUGAAUCUGUGAUCUGUAGCCUUCAAAAUCCAUGGAAAAUUGCCUUCCGAAAAUAAAUUGGCCCAAAUCGGUGCUUAAUGGACUUAUCAUCCGUGGAGAAUAGGAUCAAUAGACUUCAUUAUCGAUGGAGAAUAGGCUCGACACGAUUUCGUGAUCUACAGCCUCCAGAAUCGAAAGAAAAUGGCAUUUCAGAAAAACCGAAAUCUCUGAUGGUACCCCUUUGGAAUCUGCCAAAAAUGGACCCGGAAUCAAUUCACCCAAACUGGCACUUAAUGGACUUAAUCAUUGUUGAAGAAUAGACUCAGGCUGAAUCCGUGAUCUGUAGCCUUCAAAAUCCAAAGAAAAUUGUAUUUCGUCGACCAAAAAAUAACGAAAAUGCCAUCCGAAAAUAAAUUAGCCCAAAUUGGUGCUUAAUAGACUUAUCAUCCGUGGAUAAUAGGAUCAAAAGACUUCAUUAUCGAUGGAGAAUAGGCUCGGUCUGAUUCCGUGAUCUACAGCCUCCAGAAUCGAAAAAACGGCAUUUCGGAAAAAUCGCCCGAAAUCUGUGAUGGUACCCAUUUGGAAUCUGCCAAAAAUGGACCCGAAAUAAAUUCAACCAAUUCGGCACUUAAUGGACUUAAUCAUCGUUGAAGAAUAGCCACAGGCUGAAUCCGUGAUCUGUAGCUUUCAAAAUCCAUGGAAAAUUGCCUAUCUUCGCCCAAAAAAUUACGAAAAAUACCAUCCGAAAAUAAAUUCGCCCAAAUCGGUGCUUAAUGGACUUAUCAUUCGUGGAGAAUAUGAUCAAUAGACUUCAUUAUCGAUGAAGAAUAGGCUCGGCCUGAUUUCGUGAUCUACAGCCUCCAGAAUCGAAAGAAAAUGGUAUUUCGGAAAAAUCGGCAGAAAUCUGUGAUGUCAUCCCUUUGGAAUCUGCCAAAAAUGGACCCGGAAUUAAUUUGCCCAAAUCGGCACUUAAUGGACUUAAUCAUCGUUGAAGAAUAGCCUCAGGCUGAAUCCGUGAUAUGUAGCCUUCAAAAUCCAUGGAAAAUUGCCUUUCUUCGCACAAAUUUUUUUGAAAAUACCAUCCGAAAAUAAAUUGGCCCAAAUCGGUGCUUAAUGGACUUAUCAUCCGUGGAGAAUAGGAUCAAUAGACUUCAUUAUCGAUGGAGAAUAGGCUCGACUGAUUCCGUGAUCUACAACCUCCAGAAUUGAAAGAAAAUGACAUUUCGGAAAAAUCGUCCGAAAUCUGUGAUGGUACCACUCUGGAAAAUAUGUCAAAAAUGGACCCGGAAUAAAUUCGCCCAAAUCGGCACUUAAAUGACUUAGUCAUCGUUGAAGAAUAGCCUCAGGCUGAAUCCGUGAUAUGUAGCCUUCAAAAUCCAUGGAAAAUUAGCUUUCUUCGCCCAAAAAAUUACGAAAAUACCAUCCGAAAAUAAAUUGGCCCAAAUCGGUGCUUAAUGGACUUAUCUCCGUGGAGAAUAGGAUCAAUAGACUUCAUUAUCGAUGGAGAAUUGGCUCGGCAUGAUUCCGUGAUCUACAGCCUCCAGAAUCGAAAGAAAAUGGCAAUCGGAAAAAUCGCCCGAAAUUUGUGAUGGUACCCUUCGGAAUCUGCCAAAAAUGGACCCGGAAUAAAUUCGCCCAAAUCGGAACUUAAUGAAUUUAAUCAUCGUUGCAGAAUAGCCUCAGGCCAAAUCCGUGAUCUGUAGCCUUCAAAAUCAAAAGAAAAUUGCCUUUCUUCGCCUAAAAAAUUACGAAAAUACCAUCCGAAAAUAAAUUGGCCCAAAUCGGUGCUUAAUGGACUUAUCAUCCGUGGAGAAUAGGAUCAAUAGACUUCAUUAUCGAUGGAGAAUAGGCUCGGCCCGAUUUCGUAUCUACAGCCUCUAGAAUCGAUAGAAAAUGGCAUUUCGGAAAAAUCGCCCGGAAUCUGUGAUGGUACCCCUUUGGAAUCUGCCAAAAAUGGACACGGAAUCAAUUCACCCAAACUGGCACUUAAUGGACUUAAUCAUCUUUGAAGAAUAGCCUCAGGCUGAAUCCGUGAUCCGUAGCCUUCAAAAUCCAAAGAAAAUUGUAUUUCGUCGCCCAAAAAAUAACGAAAAUGUCAUCCGAAAAUCAAUUAGCCCAAAUUGG